UCAUGCAUGAGAAACUUCCUUUCAUAUGGUUGGUCAAGGUAGUCCAUUAUAGACUAUUGAUAUAGCCCAUAGUUGCCUCCCAUAGGUUGAAAGUAAACCUCUGUUACUAAAGAUACCACACAGUUAGGACAAAGGUUUCGGGUAAUUCAAGGUAGAUCUAACCUGGAAGCCUGUGGUUUAACUUCUGUGGUUUCAGAAAAUACUGUGUGAGCUGUCAACGGAGGAAGCAUUAAUAGUCCUAGAUAGCCGCAAUACCCACGACCCAUGACAAUGAUCACCAUUCCAAGAUACGCAUAAAAGUGCAACAAAUGGCAUUUACGUGCUUGUUGUGGUGAUAUACUAUUUGUAAUUUAAGAAACAAAACCUGUCUGAAGAUCUGAGGACAGCACCAGCCACAGAGUUAGCUACAGAAGCCAGGCAGUGGUGGCACACACCUUUAAUUCCAGCACUUGGGAUCACACACCUUCAAUCCUGGGACUAGCAAGGUUGAAGCAGGAAGUGAUGUGACUGGGCAGAGAAAGGAAUAUAAGGUGGGAGGAGACAGGAAUUCAUGCUCUUUCUGGCUCUUUCAGGCUGAGGAGUUGGUGAGGUAAGAGGUGGUGGCUGUGCCUUGCUCUGCUUCUCUGAUCUUUCAGCAUUCACCCUGAUAUCUGGCUCCAUUUUUUUUUUUUUAUUACAAGACCAAUUAGGAUUCAUGCAACAGUUUGUGGUAACCAACAGCUGUCUCUUAAGGUCUAUUCAACAGGAGGGAAGUCAUUCCUGGUAGUAGAAACCUAGCCAGGUUCCAGGAGCUAGUGGACUAGUGCAGUCAUGGACUUGGUAAACAAUCUACUAACAAGACUUUGCUAGAGCAGCAUAAUUUCUUACUUUAUACCUACAGGUAAGUAUAGCUACCACUCUUCAUCAAAGAUGCUUCUCUUAAUCAAAAUGCCAAGUUGUAGGGCUCAGUCCCACUGGAUAAUUUACAAAACAUCUCCAUAUAAGACUCAGGGAACAUUUGAGAAGAGGAGAAGGAAAGAUUAUAAAAGUCAGAGGUCAAGGAUUUGUUAUGAGAUCGUGACUUCUAGAAAUAUCAGAAGCUGCACUUGCAAAGUCUCACCAACAUGACUGCCUAAACAUGAGCCGAACAAGGACAGCAGCAUAGACAUAUCAGAGUGGAUGGGUAAAUGCCUAGGAGGACGCAACCUUACACUAAGAAGUACAGGCAACUAAAGAACACUGUGAGUGGGAGAAACAGUCUUCUGUGGGGAAGAGCACAUCGAUUGGUUAUCCAAUACCAAAUGGUCAGCCCUGAAAACAUACAUACAAGUAACAUUAUGUAGACUGAGCAAGUUAGUUAGACAUGUAUAUUUAUAUACAUAUGUAAGAGGCCACGAAUUUGAAAGAGAGCAAGGAGGGGGUUGGAAGGAGAAAAGGAAAGAGGGAAAUGAUGAAUUAUAAUCUCAAAAAUAAAGAAAAACAAUAAAAAGCAGCUUAUUUUUAUAACAAUGGAGACCAUUGUGGAUUUUAUUUUUGAUUAUGUCUAUAGGUAUAUUUCUGGGUCUGGGUCUGGGUGGAUACAGAGGAAGUUGGCUCUCCGGGAGCUGAACUUAGAGAGAUUAAAGGACCAAACUUUACCUAAAAGAUAGUAUUAGAAGGACUAGAGAGAGGGCUCAGCAGGCAGGAGUGUGUACUGCUCUUCCAUAGAGCCUGGGUUUGGUUCUCAGCACCACAUUGGGUGGCUCACAACCACCUUUAACUUCAGAUCCUCAGGAUCUGAUGCCAGUGGCCUCUGCUGGAACCCAUACUCAAAUGCAUGUAUCUCCUGUCUCCAAACACAUAUAAUUAAAAAAAUAAAUAAAAUUAAAGCUUAAAAAAUAUUGGAGUUGAAGGUUUUUUUUCCCCAGUAAAUUAUUUUUUCAGUAGCACCUAGGAGAUCAAUUAAAGAUUUGAAUGGCUUUUAACGUAUCAAAUAUCAUCCUAUGUUUUCUAAUGGUCACAGACUAUUUCAUGUAAGCAUUCAGAUAUGACAACUCCUAAAAUGAUUAGGACUGCAGUGCGGAUGACCCCAAGGUUCAUCUGGCUCUCCUCCUGCCUCCCAGAAGGUGGGGAAGGAGUCACGAUGCACAUAUAAGCAGUGGCAGGGCCACUCCUCCAGCUGGGCUCUAGAAGUAAGCCAAAGUGCAGCUGACAUGCUAUCAUGUCAGCUUUGAACCUCCUGCAUCACACAGUCAAAGCAAUUUCUCUGCCAUCCAUGCAGGUACUUCAUUGAACACAGUUUCUGUUGCAGCCUUGAUCACCCAUUAUUCACCAUUUAUGUGCUUGCCUCCUUGGGUGCAUUAAAGAGGCUCUUAACAAAGCUGUUCCUGUGUUUUCCUUGGAAUUCUGCACACAACAGUCUGACAUACUUUAGGUGCUCAAUUCAGCAAAUGCUCUAGACAUGAAAGGGACACACAUUUCCUCUUCAGUGUUAAAAUUUGCUGAGGUUUCCCAACUGGGCCAAAGCUGUCUGGGCUGUGAGUUGGAAAAAGACUGGGAUCUAGACCACUUAAUGUACACUUGCCAACUGCUUCUCUGCCUUGGGUGUUGCCUCUGGUGCUCCAGAUGUGAACUGGUUUUCUGACUAUGUGGUUCAAAUGGUUGCAUGUUUUCUUGCUACUCUUGGGAGCUUCUUAUAGCACAGGGCUGCUUACUUGUCAUUCUGUAUCCCCAGGAUGUAGCAUGGGACCUGGAACACGGCAAGGGAUUAAUAGAUGUGUGGAACAUAAAUGACAGGCUUAAAUGGAUAUAUAAACCAAACAGAAGAACAGCCAAGUGUCAGGGGGAAGAAGAACAGCCUCAGUGCAGUGGUUUUUUUUACGGAAAUUUCCAUGUUUUUACUAUUUUAUUUACUACUUCAUAUUAUCUUUAAAACUCAGAGUCUUAUUACUUUUAAGUAACCAUUACAAAUUUAUAGUUUUAAAGUUAGAAAACAAUACAGAACUUUUCAUAAUUCAUAAUUUGAAGUUCCUUGUAACUUGGGAGUUUUAUCCUUUAUCCCACUGCUUAAAAAUUAGUGGGUUGAUUUAAAUGUAAACCUCAGGAUAGGUGAUGAUUCUACAAUGAUUAUGGAAGAAAGUUAUGGGUAGGUAAUCUCUGUAAGGCAGAAGGAAAGAGAGAAUGCAAUUCAUCAUAGGAAAGGGGGAAAGGGAGAGGUAUUUUAAGCACAAUAUAAAUUAUAGAAAAAGCAAAAUGGAAACAUUGCAGGAAGAGCAUGGGGGAAGGUUUGUGGAUAUGGGAAUGUACACAUGCACAAUGGGCAUGUCUCUACACUCUUGUACACACGCACAAUGGGCAUGUCUCUACACUCUUGUACACACGCACAAUGGGCAUGUAUCUACACUCUUGUACACAUGCACAAUGGGCAUGUCUCUACACUCUUGUACACAUGCACAAUGGGCAUGUCUCUACACUCUUGUACACAUGCACAAUGGGCAUGUCUCUACACUCUUUACACACACACAAUGGGCAUGUCUCUACACUCUUGUACACACGCACAAUGGGCAUGUCUCUACACUCUUGUACACACGCACAAUGGGCAUGUAUCUACACUCUUGUACACACGCACAAUGGGCAUGUAUCUACACUCUUGUACACAUGCACAAUGGGCAUGUCUCUACACUCUUGUACACACGCACAAUGGGCAUGUCUCUACACUCUUGUACACAUGCACAAUGGGCAUGUCUCUACACUCUUUACACACACACAAUGGGCAUGUCUCUACACUCUUGUACACACGCACGAUGGGCAUGUCUCUACACUCUUGUACACACGCACAAUGGGCAUGUAGCUACACUUUUGUACACAUGCACAAUGGGCAUGUGUCUACAUUCUUGUACACAUGCACAAUGGGCAUGUGUCUAUACUAUUGUACACAUGCACGAUGGGCAUGUCUCUACACUCUUGCACACAUGCACAAUGGGCAUGCUUCUACACUCUGUGGUCUUUGCUUCCCCUGAAGUGUUAGAAGCUGUUCGGCAGUCCUCUACUCUUCUAGGCUCUGGGAUUAGUCUGAUUGUGGAAGCACCUUAACCUGGGGAAGAAUUUGCAAAUGUGAGUGAUUCCAGAGCCAAUACGAUGAUCCAGACUUGCUUAGGACAGGCCAGCAGCUUAGAGUCCUCAAGCAUCCUUACACCUCAACUCUUCUCGAAUCCAGACAUCAUGUGGUUGGUGUAGACCAGCACUGAGCUGGGAUGUCUGACAUAUUUCAGCCAUGAAACACUCCCUGACAUCCUGAAUCCAGGAUCGACCUAAAGCUAAAUAUUAAACAGGAAACAUGAUAUGGACCUAAUAUGCUCAUUAAAGUCAAUCAAAUUCAAGUGGAUCUGAAAAAUAGCUGAUGUUGAUGAUUUCUCAAAAAGGGAAGAAAAAAAAAAGCAAGCCAGAAUGAAUUCAACAACACUGAGAAAGAGACGAAAGGAAUAAAUUAACAAAGAUCAGGAAGCAGGUUUCGCGAGAGCGUGAAACGUGGAUGUAACUCCAUCUAUGAAUCUUUUUAGACUGUGGCACUUCCGCUACAAAUCUGUUCCAGGGGAAAAGGCUGAAUCCAGAGGCACUGGAGCUUUAAAAAUAAUUCCUCAGAGCGUUGUCUCAUGAACCUAUUAACAAAAGUUGAUGCAUAUGCUAUCUUCAGUAAUUGCACUAAGGACGAACUGUGACUUUUUUUCCUUGUAGUUUCUUGUCUAGUCUUUCAUUCAUAAGCGGGGUCAAUGCAUGGCAUCAUUUGAAAUGAGAGUGGCCUAUAGCCUACACUCUCUUACCUGUCAGUGCAAAGCUGUGGCCAGUCACUGUGUGCCCCACUUUUUUACAGCAGUUAGUAGGAUCUCUGUUUAUUUCUUUUCUCAGUUUGUUCCUUGAUUCUAGCUCACCCCUUAUUCUAAUCUGAUUUCUGAAAAGGUCGCAACUUAGUUCUCUAAGCCAGAAGCCCAGAAAACAUUCUCAAUUUCAUCACCUCCUCCCAACUCUUUCACCUUGCUCUUCUGUCUCAUGUUCUCAGUCUGUUUGGUUUCUGACCCCACUUUCCACACAAGCCUCCUUUACAUAUCUGGCAGGGUUGAAUUAAACUGAAAUCUAAUUGCAUCGUUGUUGUCUUUACAAACCCUGUUGACUAGCAACAGCCACAUCAUACACAAGCUUGUACAGCAAACUCUCCACCUGCUUCUCUAGCCUCAGUUUUUCUCUUCUCUUCCAGAACACUGUGUUUUGACCAAGGGGAAAUCUUCCUAUAAUUUAACCAAGUCUGUAGGAAGUUGCCAAACACUCUUGAUUUGUACUGUUCAUUCCUGUCUGGGAUGUCCUUGCUUACUCUCCCUCUCUGCUUUGAAGACCAUAGUCAUCUUAGAAGAGCUACUCAUAGUGCUUGUGUCUUUCUUGCUCCUGAGAUAUCUGGGGGCUACUUCUACCUGCAGUUACCACAAGGAAAACAAAAAUAUUUUUGAAGAACCAAAGUAUUGCAACAGGUAUCUUUGUACCUUUAUUUUAGGAUUCCCUAGGAACAAAGUGUUGCCCUUGAUAUACAUUGUUGUUUGGAUAUCUGGUCUACCACUAGCUUAUCAGAAAGACAGAGGAUACAUAAGUUUUUCUAUGAAGCAACAAGAUUUCAUGCUAGCAAUGGAUUCACUUGUAUCUUAGGAAGUUUGUUAAUAAGUCAGAAGGAGACAUACAAAAUUUUAUUUCUGAGGCAAUCAGAGACUCCCAAGAUAUAGAGGCUACAUUAUUUCCUUGCCAAAAAUGCUUCUUCCACUGGUCCCUCUGAAGACUGAAAGAAAUUAAGAACUCUAAUGGUCUUGACCCUGGCACAUUUUCCCUGGCCCAAUGGGAAAUCCCUCUCUAUGCCCUUCAUGCAAAACAUUGCUUUCAUGUCUCCAGUUACAGGCCCAACACGAGCCAGUAACAGACCUCAAUCUGAGAUAUAAAUGAAUUAUUCACCAAGUUCUUUUCCUUUCUUUGAGUUUUUAGCUGGCAGGCAUUGAGGAGUCCAAGGCCAGUUCUAGACUCUGAAGACAGGCUUCACUUCUGGCAUCUUCAGCCUCUUGAACAUUUAGCACUUUAUAAAGCAGGCUAUUGUCAUCCACUGGUCACAUUCUCCACUGAAAUUUUGUCAUUCUGCAGGGAUUUGACGGCAAAGGUGGGGAAGGGCCUCUUCUGCACCGCCUCUCCAUUAAGAGGAAGACAGAAGAAGAAAAUACACUCUUAAGUGAAAAUGUCCCGAAGUUGCAAGGAAAAGGGGAAAAUUACAGAAGAGCUUCACGAACCACAGACUUGGGCUUUCUCAUCUUGUCAGAAAAUCUGCACUGUUGGUAAAGCCUGGGGACCUGACUCAGCAGAGAAAUGCCACCCACAGUCACCGACUGUCUCCACAGUUGUGAACUCCCCUGUUUUCUCUGGAGGCUUCCCACAGCACAGCAAUACUCAAGUCUCUCAGAUGGGAAACCGGAUUUUGUGAAAACUGAAAUGAAACCGUGCUUUAUAAUAUUUAAAGGACUUUUAUAGUGACCAUGCUUGGAGUUCUGCAUGGGUAGAAUGUCAGUUUUCUGUUGGAUAAAUAAAAUUAACCGCUUGACAGUUUCAAAAUGCCUCAGCUUGCCAGCCCCGUUGCUUUGAAUAGUAUCUCGCUUCUUUUUAAAGAUCACUGCUGAAAGAUGAGGGGAAAUGGCACCAUUAAAAGAGGAAGUACCACAGGUUCAAAGCCUGUUUCCAUGAGGUAAUGUACAUUAUUGACUAAUCAUCAAAGAGAUCCUGUCUAUACUGAAAUGGAGCAUGAGGCUAAGGCAGGUGGCUGGGGGGUCAGAAACCUCUUUCCAGCCUUCUUGCAUCACUUCAUUGCUGAAGCCAAAGGGUUAGAUAAAGAUCAAUGGAAGUUUGCUGAUCUGACACAAGAACUUUUGCUUACUGGAAUGGAAGCUACAGAACUGAGUUCAUCUGCAUGGAGCUGCAGGUCUCAUCCAUUUGCAAAAGCAGCAUCUCUCUCUCUCUCUCUCUCUCUCUCUCUCUCUCUCUCUCUCUCUCUCUCUCUGUGUGUGUGUGUGUGUGUGUGUGUGUAGGUGCACAUGUGUGGAUCCUGCAGGAAGUUAAAACUUAAUAAUCUUCUGAAUUAUUUCUGUGUAGACAUAUUUCCUCUGCCUCUAGAGUGCUGGGAUUAAAGGCGUGUGCCACCACCGCCUGGCAUAUUUCCAUAUAGCUAUUAUUGCCUUUUUUUCCCUCUAAAAGGAAAUAGUUCAAUUUAGUAAUUAGAACCCCAGGAAAGUCAGGUUGUUUCAUGUUAGGUUGUUUGCAAACUGAAUGGGGGAUUCUAAUGACACACAGAUUUCUUCCCCUAAUCAGAACCUACCAAUUUAUUAUCAUACAAUUUACUACUAUUUUCUCUAAUAUAAGUAGAAUUUCUCCUAUUUGCAAGAACUUGACUAUGGAACCGUUUCCCUGGGCUUCGAUCACUUGGUUUCUGAUGGCUGGACAACUGGUGCUUGGAUCUGGGAGCCAGUGGUCAAGUGUAGACUUCAGAACUACUUGUUUGCUGCACCUACAAUCAGAGAAAGGCCCUUUCCCCAUCACAGGUCAGCUAUGCUGUCCUUACAGUUCGAAAUAGGUGUGGUUCCGGACUAACAUCAGUGAUUUAGAAAUGCUAUUUUUCCCCAGUGGCAAUAUACAUUGUGGGUGUGUGACUGGAAUAUUUAAAACACCUGCUGUCCUGGAACUGAGCCAAAUGUAUAAUACAUUAGCACAUGCUUGGGUCACUUCCAACAGCAUGUAUCAUACUGCCAUCAAAAUACUGAGGGAGCUGGCAUAGAGAUACUUAAAAGUUUCACUAGAAGCAAUUUAGGAUACACAUGUAUUUUUAUCAUUAACAGGCUCACCAUACUAAGCACCACAGACUAGUUCGGAUUUGAAUGAAGUCAAUUGUUUUUGAAUCAGAACGGAAUCGGCAGCAUCGGAGGGUUACUCUCUGUGCCAGCUUUGCCAAUUACUCUCAUAGUCCUUUAAAGCCCAGUCAGUCUUUUUGCCUCCCACCUCCUCUCUCACACCACGCUCCUGUCUGAUUGUCCUCUUCUUUGGGUGCACGUAAUUCAAAAGGCAAACCAGGGGUUGGGUUGCAACUCUAACCAAGUUUGCUAACAGAAAUUGGUCUAGGUAUUCUGUUUGAUGGAUUUCUCCUUUUCAACAUUAUUUUGAUGUUCUUUAAUAGAAUUAGUUUUUUUUUGUAUGUAUCAUCCUAGUUUUAAAAGUCAGUAUACUGUCUGUCUGAAGAAUUUCAUUAAAUAACAUUUAUCCAUCUAUUAUGUACAGCACUUCUCAAAAUGAUUUCAUUUCCUGUGCUGAGGAUUCAACUCAGGUCCUUGAACACAGUAAGGUAGGUAGGCUACCACUGAACUACAUCAAUAGCCCACAAAAUGACAUUUUAAAGAUAUAAAAACAAAAUAAAUACUGUAGAUUUCAGUGCUUAGAAGGUGUGUAUGUGUGUGUGUGUGUGCGCGCACACGAGACAGAGAGAGAAAGAGUGAGUGAGAGAGAGAGAAAGAGUGAGUGUGUGUGUGUGUGUGUGUGUGAGAGAGAGAGAGAGAGAGAGAGAGAGAGAGAGGUUUUAAAAAUUGCCUAAGAAGGAGCAGCAAGAAAAGAGAUGGUGUGGCAUGUCUGAAGAUUAUGCACCCUACACGUGCUAAUGGCGAAGUGCAUUCCUUGUUAGUCUACACAGAAAGACCAAACAUGAAGUUACAACUUAGAAAGCAGAAUUUCAGUGGAGAUUUUGAAGCAUGCCCAAGGUCACAGUUAAUGCAAGUAUAGAAACAUGGUUUAUGUGACUUGCCAUUUUGUAUCUGCCUCUUGUCUCACACUAGCCAGUGUGGUGGUGAGAAAGCUGGACUUUCAGCCUUCAGACUUCCCAUAGCACAGAAAGCUUAAGGGAUUUCAGUUUUUGACAGUAUGUAUGGAAUCCUGAUCUGUUUGUGUAGUCAUUAAAAUUGCACAUCUUUCCCUAGGAGAUUCCAAGUUCUUCAAUUUAAUGGACAGAUGCUUAAAGAGCUUCAAGUAUGUGACCUGUCGUCUCUAUGAUUUUUCUGCAUCCUAUAUAUGACAAAUGGACCUCAGAGAAAUGCACGUGUAUAUUAUCAAUGUGAACUGAAGUCAUGCAUUAAAAAGUGUCUUCUGUACAAUCACAGAUAUUUACAGGGUGGCUGAAACAGCUUGCAAUAUAGGCACACAGGAAAAGGUUUUAGAUUUUCUAACAUGCAUGCACAUAUAUUAUUUACACAUAUUAAAAUAAUUUAGCACUUUUUUUUCAUUCUACUGCUUCUAUUUUGAGGUAGUUAACUUUAGUCACCCCUUCCCUAAGUUUCCUUUAUGCUAUUCUCUUGCUCUAGUCCACAGUAUCUUUUUCAGACCUAUUUUCAUCCCAUGUAACUGCACACUAAGCACUCAACGCUCCUUGCAUCUGACUCCUUCCCCUCAGCUAUCUUACAAUCAUUUUCGUGUCUCUUUCUGUAUGGGAGCACUCUAUUCACAGCAUGCUAAUGCUUCUCAUGCCUUCUCCCCUUCUCAUGACGCAUCGGAGCACUCUGCUUUUGAGAAGUCUUCCUUACAACCUCUUCAUCAACUCACACCCCCUUUCUACAUUGGACUCUUUUUGAACCUACAAUUAAAAUCAUGAUAUUCUGCGGUUUGAAUAUUCUGCUUCCUACUAGGUAGUAGUUUAUCACAUGUAUCAUCGUCAUUACUGUCAUCUCCAUUAGAAGUUUUACUAUGAGCCAGACACCUGCUCCAAGCAUGCAAAAAUGUUCAUACUUUGAAUUGUCACAUACUUUGAAUUAUUAUUAAUCCCAUUUGCGAACGAUGAUUUAGGGACAUAGAACCUAAACAGUCUUCUCAGGGACAUACAAUUAUUCACGGAGCUGAGAGAAGCUAAGAACUCAGGCUAGAUUCAGAAUGGGAGUUCUCUGACUCACGCUGUGCUGCCCCCAUGAAAUAUCCCACAAUUCUUCCUGUUUUGUUUUGUACCGUUGAUUCCAGUGUGCACUUUCUACAUUAGCUCGAUGGUUUUGUGCAGUUACAGACCAUGUUGCUCAAACUUCUCUCUCUUGCCUAGUACUGCUGAUUUCUGUGCUUACUCAGAAUCUAAUAAUUAUUGCUUGAAUUAAAAAAAACUACAGUCAAAGGUGAAAAUUUAAACAUGCACACCAAAAGAUAAUUUUUAGAAUUUUAUAGCAAAAUAUAAUUAAUAUCCUGAGUGCAUUAAUAAUCCACAAAAUAAAUCCAAUUUAAUUGAUUAUCCCUGAUCAAAAUGGCCAUAUUGCUUUACUCCUGUUAACGGUGCUCUAUUGUCAUUAUAAGCAUCUGCACACACAAAAAAGAGGAUUUUUUUCUCGUUCAAACCAACCUGCUUGUUUUAUUUUGACUUCUGUUAUAGAUAAAUAGUCCUGAAGUUGUUUCAGGUCCCUACAGAUUAGGAGGUAGUCAAAUCGAUAACAACUACAUAAUACAUAAAGGAUGGAUGCAAAUUUUAUUGCAAAGAAAUUAAUAAUUAAUUCAUAUCUGUUUACUGUAACAAAAUUUUGUUGUCAGCUCUUUCUGGCUUCACAAUGCUUGAGUCAAGAUUGAUAAAUUAUAUAUGAAAAUAUGACUGUUUAAGGGCAAAAUGCCGCUAACAUAAUUAUAUUUUGUGAUGUUUACGAAUGUCACAGAAGCUAUUGUACACAGAAACUCAGGCACUGUUCCUUCUGCACUCUAGCAUAGUGAAUGUAGUUAAUAUUAUAGUAUCUAGCAAUAUUGAAUUUUUUAUGUCAACAAUUAAAAAGACAAUAUUUUCCACAUUGCAAAGACUUUGUUGAAUAGUAAAAAAAAUGAUGAAUAUUUUAAUGUCAAAGAUAAUCAUUGCCAAAGUUUUUUUUUAUCCUACAUAGCACAAAUAACGGAACAAUGAUAAUUUUGUUUUAAAGUAUAUAUGUAAAAGGCUUUGUCCCUAGGAUACUGCUCUGAGUGGCUCACUAUCUAGGUUGAAAAUGGUUAUGCAGGAUUGCAUGUCCUAUUUUUCCAUGCCUGCAGUAAAGAUACAAUAUGGGAAUUCAGCUUGGUAAUUACUAAUACACCACACAGACACAAUUACACCCUGUAUGCUGCAUAAAGGAUUCACUUGUGGUCUGCAUCCAUUACAAAGAGCGGUAGGGGGCCAACAUGCAAAACGACAGAACGCUUUACAAGACGGAAGGAGACCAGAGGAGUCCAUGUGCACAGAUACAAGGACCUUGAUUCUUCUAGCAAUGAUUUAAGCCUCUUUCCAUCAAUUAGCGUCCUUUGUCUCAGGAGCCUUAGCAGCAUUACAGGAACUGAAAAUAACAAUGCUCAGACCCAUACAACCCUUGACCUGUGCUGACAUUUCCACACCCUGUUGCUAUGUUUGACCUGGUUAUUCAGAUUACUUAACCAAAGGAAAAUGGCGUG